AUGUUCAAGAGUUUUGCCAAUAAAGGAAAGAAAAAGAACAGAAACACCGACCCUACGACCAACGACUCCGCCAGCAUCAAUUCUGCUGCCAGCGGCUCAACUCCAUCGCAGACUGUGAUAACUCCUACAGUCCUUCGACGAUCUGCCACCAUGGAGCCUAAUAAGUCUCGUGGCCUGGUAGUGUCAUACACCCCCCCUGAUCCUCUAGUAUCAACUACACCAGGCCCUUCGGAUAACACUGCUAUUAUCUCUCAAGUGUCUUCACCUCAACACAGCAACAAUCACAAUGAAGUGAUAGAAAAGGCUGUUAACAGAGUCAUCACUUCCACUACUACCAUUAGCGAAUUGACGGAGGUGGUAGAGAACAAACCAUUCAAAAUGCAAACGAUGUUUACUAAGAAUAAAUUCCGCCCCAAGUUCUCUCCCAAGCCUCAAGUUACUCAUAUUACUCUUGAAUACUAUCUUGAAUACAUUUCAAACGAGCGACUUCGUCGGAUGCCCGGCAGAGGCAGCGCCUGGGAUCGCGUUCUCCACGCUGCGCAAUUCUUUGGGCUCCAUAUUUCGGACUUUGGAGACAAAAUCAAUACUUUCAUAAAUGGAGAAUUGCUCAAUGCUCUCUCUCAAGAAGCUAGAGCCGAUGAUUUGUCCGGAAAAGGCAACGGUCAAGAGGUUCUCUCCAAUGGACAGAAUGAUCAUGCUUCUAUCAACGGCGCCCUUGACUUAAUUACCACUGCUCUUACGAAUGCUCACUCUUUACUAGAGAUUGGCUAUACACAAGCUGAGACUCUUUUACCCACCUUUUCUGCCCUUUACGAGAUCUCCGUUGUGUAUACGGACAUUAUCAGAGUGUAUGAUCUCGAGCAGCCUUCACACGAGAUUCUGAAUGCCGCGAUUCAAACUUUCCACAGUGUUAUAGUCUUUCUCAACGGCAUGAGAACACUAUAUCAGCAGAAGAUUAGCAACGUCAAGCCUGGGACAUCAGAACGUCUUGAAUUUGGCCCCGACUUCGGAGCAAAGAUUGAGCAGAUUUGGCGCUUCAAAGAGACGCUGUCCAAUGAGAUUUGGAAGCAAAAGCUUAAAGCCGCAGGCCUCUCUAAGGAUAUCAGCCUGCUUCGAUCGAAGCUUCAGCUUAAUCAGAGCCAAUAUGUUCCUAAGGGCUUAUUCGAAAACAUUGGUCAUUAUGCCAACACAUCGACUGAAGUCGGUUACUGGCUGAAGAAUAUUCUUUCUGAUGACAAUGGUGGCCAAAUCGUCUGCAUUACUGGCGAUGAAUCCUGUGGCAAAACAUUCCUCGCUGGAUGGAUAGAGGAAAGGCUUGCUAGGCCCAUUCAUGUCAAAUCUAACCACGUUCUUCGAUACGACUUUCCAUACGACUUGCCAAGUCAGCCUACUCCGCAUAUCUUUCUGAAAAGCAUUUUAUACAAAGUGCUUGCGGAAAAUGUCGGCAACAUCGAAGUAUACAAAAGCAUCGCGCAAGCUUUUGAGCAACAAUCUGACGAAGCAGAUUCUGAGCCCACAGAUUUGGUACUAUGGGAAGCCCUCCAUGCCUCACUCAAAGCUGUCCACAUUCAGCAUGCGUCGAUAGUCAUGAUUUUGGAUGGCUGUGAAGGAAUUGCUGGUGGUGACGCUGAGUUCUACAAAAAGCUCCGAGCCUGCAUCCAUGGGCUCUCAAAUGUCCGUGCCGUGACAUUUUCCCGCUCAAUUCCCGAUGAUGUCAGGGAGUACGAACAUGCGAUCCCUAGUAUGAAAGUUGAGAAAGACAUCGAAAUUUAUUUUUCCGAGAUUCUGUCUCGGUCUUACGCUUUCAAUAAUUUGGGCUCUGCGGAACGCAAGGAGCUCUUCAGAACAAUUAUGGCAAAGGCAAACAAUAACUGGCUCUGGUCAUUUCAUGCUUCUCAAUUCCUGUCUGGAGAACAGUCAAAAGACUCGCUUCUGAAGUCAGUCCAUGAUAUGGAAUCAGAUAUACUUUUCAAGGUUAUAAAGGCUUUUAAGUUUGAUCAACGCCACUCUUUGAGAAAUCACUCCUUGAAGACGCUUUUGUCUGCAAUGCUUGUGGUCACACGACCACUCACUAUCAACGAGGCUGCACAGAUCCUUUCGGUUGAUCUUCAUAUGCACAUGAACUCGGUAUCUCCUACGCCUUUCGAUGUUGCCGCCCUCAUCUCCGAAUAUAGCUCCGGCCUAGUCAUCAUUCGAGACGGCCAUGUCCAUUUUCGCACGAAAGCCGUUCGUACCUUUAUGAACUCGCAGCUUGGAAACAUUUCGUUGCCUACAGAGGCAGAAGCACAUCGGCAGUUUACGCUGAUAAUGCUUCUAUACGCCAAAAUCUCUUGGAAAGGAGAUACAAAGCUCACCAUAGACGAAUUGCAUAAUGGCCUUGCUCUAUCUGCCAUCUCGGCAGAUCCAUUGCUCCAAUAUGUCGUGCAGAAUUGGAUAAUACACUUUCAAAAAUCCAAUUUGUCUGAGACUGAGGUGAAACAUGUCUUCUCUAGCUCUAUUACUCUGCUCCUUCUUGAAAGGACUUAUUGGAGCAGAGUAUUUGCAAAAGAGCAGCUCGUCCUCAAUCACAAACUCGCUCUCCAAAUCCGACAAGCAUGCUUUGGUGAACAUGCUGCGGUGGUUCACACUUUGAUUAGCCUUGGAUAUACCUAUCUCAACGUUUUUGGCUCCGAUUCCGAUGCAGCAUGGUACUUUUACAAGGCAGCUAAACUCGGAGAAAAGAUCUUGACAGCAAAAUCUGCCAUUGUGCAUAUCUGUACGAGUCAUUUCUUAAAGUACAUGGCGACUUUGAAGAUAACUCGCAAGGCUGAAAUCACCACCGUUCACACUCAAGAGAAAAUUGAUAUUGUGGAGUGCUAUGCGGAAAUGAUCCAGCUAGCUAUCAGAAUUGAUCAGCAUAAACAUGGAUAUUCUAGUGAUGAGGUGAUCUUCUGGUACAAGACGCUCACAAGACUUUACAUUGACAGCAAACAAGAAGAGCGCGUUAUAGAUGUCUAUAAAGAGCUGUAUACUGCCACGGUCGCCAAAUAUGGCAGCGAGUCAGAAGAAGCAAAGCGAGUUUAUAGAUACUUUGUUACCUUGGAUAUCGUUUUCAAUGACCCGUCGGUACACAGAGUUGGCGAACUCGAACAACUCAUUUUUGGGAUUGGCAAAGAGUUUACUGAUUACCUUUGCAUAAAGAAUUGGCUCUGGUUGGCUAACACAUUUGAACAAUGCAAGCACUUUUUCGAGGCCGAAAGACUUUAUGUCAGUCUCUGGCAAAGCAUUACUAUUAAUUGCGAUCGAGAAGCCGAUGUGGAUGCCAACUCAAUCAAAAUCGACAUUGCGCUUGAAUAUGUCAAGUUUCUUCGCAGACAAGGCCGUGAUAGAGAUGCUAUUAGCAUCCUUAUCUGCUUGGCCGCGGAGUACAAGGAGGGUAAAGAGCUUCAUGAAUGUACGACCAACGGUGAGACCGAGCAAUCCGAAGCGGUGAUCAAGUACAUCACAAGGGUCAGAGAUGUCGCAGAAGAAUGUAGGGCUAUUGGCUUGAAAAGCAUUGCUGUUUCCAUUUUGAAGAAAGUUUGGAACUCAUUAAGCAGCAAAGGGCAUAGCAAAGAAACCCAGAGAACUGCAAUUCUUAUUACUGAAGUGAUCAAAGAGAUCACCGAGACGACUACGACGGUCGUAACGACAAAGACAACGACUGUUACUGAGUCGACGGAAAAAGCAGUGAAAGAAUUGUUUGAGCAUUUCGUACAUCAGCACCAUCAUGAUGAGUCUGAUACUACCUUGUUCUCAGCGUCCAAGGCGCUGAUAAGCGUAUACAUUCAACAACAAAAUUGGCGCGAGGCUGAGGAAACACUCAAGAAAACUCUGCAUUCUACCUGGCGCGAAAUUCUCAUCGCAGGUUCCCAGAUUAAGCUCCCCCAGUACUCAACAGGGGAAUGCUUGGACAUAGCACAUCGCUUGGCUGAUUGUUACUCGAACCAAGGGCUCUUUUCUAUGGCUGAGGAGAUUCACUCGCAGAUUUUUGCUGCUUGCAGCACCUCAAAGCUAGAAGACAAUCUUGGCACGAAAUCUAACCCUCUGACAGGCGCUAAACUGUACGAAGCCGCCACGAAUAAUUUGGUCUCAUUCUACGAAGAGCAUCAUCGCCAUACAGAAGCUAUCAAUGUCCACAUCAAAGUGCUAGAGAAGUAUGAGAGAGAACUAGGCACAAAGCAUGCAUCGACUAUCAAGACACUCUACUUGCUGGCAGACAGCUAUAUAGCUCUUGGCCAUGAAGAAGCGUACAUUUACUAUGAAAAGAUUGUUAAUGUACUCAACGAGGGUCAGGAGUAUUGUCACCAUGAUGCAUUUAGGGCUGCUCUAGUUCUCAGCAAGCAUUACGAUGCCCGCAGUUUCUGGGACAAACUGCAUGCUAUAUGUAAUAUCUUAUGGGUAGCUAUCACCCGACAUCACGAAGAACAUGUGGUCGAGGGGGGACAUAAGAUUGAUGCAGAGGCAAUUACGUUGAUCUAUGAUAGAUACUCGUAUGUGCUGGACCAUCAUGUCAAGGCUGACUUCUCUGAGCGAUAUGACGUUGCUGUCAAGUAUAGAGACAUAAUCACCAAGACAAGCAACGAUGAGACCUUGGUGGUCAAAACGCUACUUGCUUUGGCCAAGAUAUGCGAAUCGCACAAAGACUACCACAAAGUGUCUGUCAGCGCCUACGAAGAUGUACUGAAGAGAACCACCACAAACACCGAGGUCACCACAGUCACGACCAUUGAGACCGUCAAGAGACUCUUAUCAAAGAUGUACGUGACAAUGGUUGAAGAGUCUCAAACAACAGAGUUUGAAUCAGAGCGCGCUAUUGCGGUCACACUCGAAACCUACCAUAAGCAUAUGGACGAGUUCAAAACCAAUCCAGAUCAAGCCUUGAUUUAUCUGAAGAACGUUGUACUCUUGUACCGGAAGUUGAACGUAACUGAGCGCAUUUACCCAUUUUUGGAAGAAGCCAUCAGACAUGUCCUCGCCGUAGCCACGGUCAAUAUCGAGCUCUUCCAUGUGGCGCAUGAGUUUGCUACCCUCUUUGCUGAGACGGGCUUGACGCAGAAAGGCAGAGACCUUCUCCAUAAAAUUCGCAAGUCAAUCACUCACGGACACAAGCAUGCUCAUAGAGACGGUCAGCCUGAUCAUGAGUCUCAGAUGAAGAAGGUCGUCUUUAUUUUCCUGAUCGUGUUUGCCCACGGCCUUGAACAACCUGACGAGAAACUCUCCUACUCCAAAGUCAUGACUGAAAAUGUUUUGGAAUUUCUGCUACUUGAGAAGUAUUCGCAAAAGGUCAAGGAAGGAGCUAAAUUGGAGGUUAUUCUGGAAUACGGUGCAAAACUGCGUCAUUUCUGGCAAAUCCACCAUCGUCAUGAAUUUGUUGACGACCUUGAUGAGGAGCUCAUCAAACGUUUCAAAGUCGCAUUCUCUCAAUACUUUGAGUCAAACAUCAGCGACGAGAUAGUAGUGUUCUUCUAUACUUACCUGAUGGAAGAACUCGGACAAGAUCGGCCUUCUCUAAACUUUGACUUUGAAGCAUUCUUGUUACAAAUCGGCAAUGAGCUAGUCAAGAAUCUGUUGGAUAAAAAUGAGUCUGAUAAGGCGAAUCAAAUCAGCUUGUUCAUUUUCUCCUUUGCUAAAGAGAAGAAAUUGUAUUAUCAUGCUGGCCGUGUCCGCUAUGGAUGUAUAUUGGCUCAGUACUUGGUCGGAAUAGAUGCUUCGCAUCCCAGCGAAGUGAUUCACAGCGAAGGCCUGCUCAAAACGUCAUUAGACAUCAUGACUACCGUCAUUGAUGCGAUCAACAGCUUGGACAUUGCUUUUGAGACACUCCCCUCUGAAGACUUAGUUGGUCUGGUCCAUCUCCUAUACAGGCAAAGUAAUUACAAACAGCUUGAGCGCGUGCUUUCUCCUCUUUGGAAUAUGCGGAGCGACCUAUCGGCCGUGUCCGACUCAGAAUUGCCGACCAUUGCUGAGAUUGGCACCUGCUUAGUGCACGCGCAGUGUGCACAGAAUCAAUGGAGUGCGGCUAUUGAGACUGUGAGAGAGUUGUAUUAUAACUUGCAGCGUGGUCUCGGAAGACUUCACCCGGAGACUUUGGCAGUAUCUCAACUGUUCUCAAAUGUCUUGGUCACGGCUGCUUUAGGAGGAGAUACCAGCUAUGCUUCUUAUGCCAUGGAUCUUCACGAAACAGUACUGACAGAGAUUUGCCGCUAUUCUGAGAUUAUAUACAACGGCUAUACCCGUCGCGACAUUCAGCUCCUUUCUAAGACAGCAGAGCUUCAUCUAGAGCUACUAAAGAAGCUGCAUUCUCGGUUUACGGAUUCUGAGCUGGAGGAUAUGAGCAAGCGAGAGAAGGUUUUCCAUGAACUCUCUGCUAAACUGAGUGCAGAUUUCACAUUUGACGGAGUUACUGGAGAGUUACCAUGGCAGUACGCUCUACCCAAAACAUGGAAAUUCGGGGAACUGGAAGAGGAAUGGAAUGGCAUCGAUACAUUGGAGACGUCCAAGAGAGAGUGGGUGCUGGCUUCACGCAUUUUCUACUGA